CAGACUUGUAGUCUGUUGUUGGCUAUUAAUGAGGAAGAAUCUUUGGUUUUUGAGUGUAUUUAGGAGUGUAUUUUAAAUGAUCCAGUGUUAGCGUUCAGUGGAGAAGAACAAACGCUCGUUGAUCGGACGUUGGGCCCUGGACCUCAACCUAUCGUGCUUCAAUAAAGGUUUUUUUUCAGGUAACGUUACGCAGUGAAAGAUGACGGGUGAGGACCGAAAAAUGUGGACAGCAGGCAUAUCUCGCAACUCCUUAGAGUCUUUUUGGUCUGAAACUCCAUCAGAAGCCAUGUCACCAGCCAUCUCCAGAACUGCUGUAGGGGAGAUAAACCAUCGCUGGAGCCAACUCAAGUUCCGCCUUCAGUAUAGAAAAGGAUGGAACGAAAUGCUGGAUGAGACCUUCCUCAUGCAGAACAAAAAAGUAAAUGACAUCCCCCUGUUUUCCGCCACUAAGGAGAAUAAUGCAGCCUGUAUAAAGAAACUGCUUGACUGUUCAUCUACAAAUAUCUUUGAGAGAGGUGAACUUGGAGAGACGGCUCUGCAUGUUGCUGCCAUGAAUGAUAAUUUUGAUGCAGCUGUAGCUUUGAUGGAAGGAGCGCCGGAGCUCAUCAACGAGCCCAUGACCUCUGAACUCCACCAAGGUUUAACUCCCCUUCACAUUGCUGCUGUUAACCAGAAUGUUAACUUAGUAAGGGAGAUGAUAGCAAGAGGAGGUGAUGUGGCAUCGCCCAGGGUCACAGGCAUGUACUUCCGCAAAAGAAGAGGAGGGCUUCUGUACUUUGGUGAGCACAUCCUGGCAUUUGCGAGUUGUGUGGGUAAUGAAGAAAUUAUAACCAUGCUGAUAAAAGCUGGGGCUAAUGUCAGGGCCCAGGAUUCCCUCGGUAAUACCAUUCUUCAUCUGUUGGUUCUGCAGCCAAAUAAAACAACUGCAUGUCAGGUUUUUGAUCUGCUGAUGUCAAAAGAUGCAGAUCUGGACCCUGCUAUCCCUUUAGACAUGGUACCUAACUACAGAGGCCUCACACCGCUCAAACUCGCUGCGAAGGAGGGCAACCUCAUGGUUUUCCAGCAGAUUGUCAACCGCAGGCGGAUUUUUCAGUGGAGUCUGGGACCAUUGUCCUCCAACCUUUACGACCUCACUGAGAUUGACUCCAGGGAGGAUGACCUCUCAGUGCUUGAGAUCAUUGUCAGCAGUCAGAAAGCAGAGGCCAGAAGGAUUCUUGAGUUGACUCCAGUUCGAGAGCUUGUCAGACUGAAGUGGAAUCUGUAUGGCAAACAUUACUUCAGGUUGUUGACGAUGGUGUACCUGCUGUAUAUCAGCAUAUUCACUUUGUGUUGUAUAAACCGUCCCCUGAAGGACAUUCCUGAGAAUUACACCAAAGCAGACGACGACCAUACCAUUAAAGUGCAGAAAAGCUUAAAGGAGAGCUAUCAGACCUAUAGCGAUCACCUGCGUUUAAUUGGAGAAAUUAUCAGUGUCAUAGGAGCCAUCGUGAUCCUGCUGAUAGAGAUUCCCAGUAUUUUGAAAAUAGGGGCUAAACACUAUUUUGGACAGUCUGCUCUCGGAGGGCCCUUCCAUGUCACUUUGGUUAUCUAUGCGAGUCUGGUUGUGAUUUUGUGUGUGCUGCGGACCACUGAAAUUGCAGAAGAGCUCGUGCCGAUGGCUUUGGCUUUGGUUCUCGGCUGGUCCAAUGUUACGUACUUUGCCCGAGGUUUUCAGAUGCUGGGACCCUACGUCAUUGUGAUUCAGAAGAUAUUAUUUGGCGAUAUGACAAAGUUCAUGUUUUUGUUACUUAUCGUCCUCAUUGGAUCCUCUGCCGGUUUGUGGGUCUUUUACGGGACUCAAGAACCUUUAGCUCUACCGUUAUAUCGUUCAUUCCCCAUCACCCUCUUCAGUCAGUUUGAGGUGAGCAUCGCUCUGGUUAACUUGCCGGUGGACCCUACGCUCUACACCCAUCCAGUGGUGCACUGUAUCCACGUCUGGUUUAGUGUUGUCGCUUACAUUCUCCUGUUCAACCUUGUGAUCGCCAUGAUGAGUGACACGCUGUGGAGGGUCACCCAGGAGCGUGACGAACUCUGGAGGACCCAGGUGGUGGCCACUACUCUGAUGCUGGAACGGAAGUUACCACUGCGCCUAUGGCCAAGAUUGGGCAUCUGCGGUGAGGCAUUUGGCCUAGGAGAACGCUGGUUCCUCCGAGUGGAGGAUCGCAACGGAUCAGCGAUGCGAAAGAUGAAACGCUUCAUUAAUGUGUUCUCCAAGGAUGAAGAACCAGCUAAGGAGAAGGAGGAUACAGGCAAGAGUGAGCCUAGAAAUGAUCCACUGCAAACCAAUUUAACAGUGCAAAACAAGCCUAAAACCCAGAGUAGACCGAUGAAACACUGGCAGCUAAUUCGGAAGAGUAUUUACAGUCAAAAGGAAGAAAUUGUGGAUUCCCCAGAUGUCAAGUAUUUCUAAAAAUGGCUAGGAAUGUUUGGGUGAUAUGACAUUCCUAAUAUUUAAAGGGUUCUUAUUAAAUUGUUUAGUGUUUUAUAAUAUGAAAAUAUAUAGGUGUUGUAUUGGGUAGACAAAAUUGAACUGUAAACAUGAUCAGUACAGUUAGAAAUGGGUGCAAUUGCAAUAAAAAAUAAACUUUUUAAAGAUAAUGAUUCAUAAUGAAAAAAUAAUGUUGAUGGACCAAAUGAGUCCAAAUUUCUAUAAUUUUCUAACUGCAAUCUUAAGAGAAAAGGUGAUUAUCUUGAGGAUUUGUUCUGAGAGGUAUGAUGUCCAGAUGUAUACUGUAGGUGAUUUCAGUGGGUGUAGGACAUCUACAUCUUUUGACAGAUGUAUUGUAAGUAUAAACUGCAGGAAGAUGGGCGCCAGCUCCGUUCAGGUGGUUCAUUUCCAGCCAGGAUGGCACACUGUCCAGGGAAGGAAACAUCUCCCCAAUAUCUGUGUGUGUGCAUAAGGACCAUAGUCAGUCAGUAGCCAUGGUACUAAACCACAUUUAAACAUUUUCAUUUUACAAGUCUUUUUUUGUAUUUGUAACCAUGUGAUAAAUUAAUUAUAGAGGCUUGAAUGGCAAGGUGGAUUUUUUUUCCAAGUGCCUAUCUGAGUUUAUUUCCUGUUUUAUUUAAAUUUUUAAAAAUCCUAAUGGUUUCUCACAUUUUCUAAAUUUCAACCCUCUAUUUUAAAUAUUCAGUUUUCUUUUUCAAAAUUAUUAUUUUAUUUUUUUGUUGUUAUGUCCAGAAUUAGAGGAAGGUUUUAUUUUGUCUAAAAACAAUCAAUAACAAAUACAUUUAUAUAGUUUUUUUGAACAAUUCACAGAAUGUUUCAAAAACAAAUAAAGUGGAAAAUUGUCAAAAUGUGAAAAAUCUUUGGAAAUUAUUUGCUUGUUUUUAUGGUUACAGACAGCUAAAAAAAAUAAUGUAGUAAACAGACCCAACUUUUUUCAACUGGCCCCUUUUGAACAAUGGUUAUUUUCCCACUUCACUGUCGAUGCAGUGUUGUUAAUCCAUGUCCAUUCAUUUUUCCCCAAAUGUCAAGCAGAAAGUCGUGUAUGCUGAAAAUAAAUGAUGUUCAUAGCGAA